AUGGCCAACAACAAUAACACCAACGAUAACGGCCCUCUUCGGCCAACAUUUCAGGGGCAUGUCGCCACAACAUUCGAUGCCUUGGUGCUUUUUGAAGCUUGUCUCUGCGGUUUGCUUCGACAUGUCCCUCGCCGACCUCAUGACCGCGAGAGACAGGAGUUGAUUAGAAGCGGCAAUAUCUUUAUUUACGAGGAGCACGCCUCCGGGAUAAAGCGCUGGACAGAUGGUGUUAGUUGGAGCCCCAGUCGUAUUCUUGGAAACCACCUCCUUUAUCGAGAGCUGGAUCAACCAUUCCCACCCGGAGAGAAGAAACGCGCAGCAAAGAAGCCAAAGAAAGGCAACGGCGGGAUCACCAAACGGGGCUCUCCACCCAGUCAGAACCUUACCAACAGCAGCCUCGCGCAUCAGCACCAUGUAGCCGCUGCCGUCGAUGGUACCGGCAGCCAAAGCCACUUGUCGCAAGAAGCGAGGAGGAACGCGGAGAGGGCUCUCAUCGGAUCUUUGGUCGACUCAUACGCGUUCAAGCAAGGCGGCCUCGUUAAGAAGACUAUCAGCAUCUCGUACAGGGGUGUCCCGCACCACCUAGUCUCGUACUACACCGUCGACGACGUGCUGGAGGGACGGCUAACAGCACCCUCGAAGAUGGCGUUGUUCACUGGGAUGUACCCGCGUGCCGAGUUGCUUAUGUCCCAGAAUUUCCGUGCCCCUAUCGAGGAAGUUGAAUACCACGACGACCGGUUUAUGCAGCGUCUACUAGCAGCCCAAAUGGGUGCACUAGUUCCAUCGCAAUUUGCCAUGCAACCACGGUCCAUGUCGAUGCCGUCGACGUACCAUAUUGGCGAGAACGGGCAGUGGAUCGUUCCGGUAUUUCCACAGCAACAUCCCUUUAUGCAGCCGAUGUAUCAGCACAGUGCCCCAUCUUCUGUCAGCCAACCGACCUUCGUACCGGAACAAGGGCAACAUCACGUCUACGAGAUCGGAGACCCAGCGCAGUGUAGAAUGACGCAUGCAGUGGAAGCCUCCCCAGAGACGACGAUGGAUCAUGUCCCCGUCCCUCGACGGCAUUCUACAUACGAUUCUACUACAUACGACAGCAGCCAGGCAGGCCAGCCCCUAACCUUCGGUACAGGCCUGCCCGACAUGGCCGACGACGAUGCGAGGUCGUUCAGCGGGCACCAGUUCUUGCAAGGGAGCGCGGUUUUCAAUGCGGCUGACAGACUCCCGGAAGCCGUCUCGCAAGUGCCCGACGCGUUCCCAUCACCUCACACAAUCGCCCAGCCAGAGCCCGGUCUCGCAAUGAACACAGAUCCCUCGACAGUCAAGUCAGAAGAAGACGACCACUCCCAGGGACCGGACACAAGUAGUUGGGCAGCCUUCGCCGCUCUAGAUGAGGAACAGGAUCAUUACAGCAACGGCGGCAUUCACAUUGACCAUACCCAACAAUAUGCGAUUGACUGCGGCAACGACGGAGGAUUCGGGGAUCAAAAUUGGCAGAGUGCUUUCCGGAGAGGAUAACCGACUCGCAGCGCGAGUAAGAGGAGUGGGGCUUUGGAAACUCCAUUCAAAACUUCACGGUUCGAAGUAUUGUGGGAACCCCCCCAAAAAAAGAAAAAGAAAAAAAAAAGGAAAAGGAAAAGGAGGAAGAACAAAAAAGAACGAAAGAAAGAAAGCCGAUAGCGCAGCUGUCUGGAGGUUGGUAGGUUGGUAGGCUGCAGAAGGGGGAGGAACUUUGAUGGAAGUUCAAGUGUCGGUCUUAAUGACACCCGACGGCGACUGCGAAUCAACAACAAGCGAACUCCCGUCUCAACUCGCUUUUAAUAUUCUUUUAUUUUUGACGGAGGUUUUAAUUUUGCAGUAAGGAGAGGAGAGAGAGAGUACUCCCCUUAGGUAAUUACUACCAACCUAAUUACCUUAGCGAAUACCUACUUCAGUUACCCC